UGGGCUGACUCGCCCUCGCACGGUCGGACCCGGAACGCCGUAAAUCCGGGCCCGCGGCCCAACCCAACUCAGGCAGACACUCGCCGCCGCCGCCGCCGCCGCCGCCGCCGCCGCCGCCGCGACAUCACUAGAGAGCAAGAGGCGGCGGAAUGACGACGGAGCGGCAGGUGGCGGAGCUGGGUCCCGGGACGGCGUGCUGCGGCUGGAACUACUGCGGCCGCCGCCUCGCCGCUGGCGCCGUCGACGGCUCCGUCUCCGUCUAUGACUCCCAGCCGUCCCCCUCGUUCAAGUGGCAGGCCCAUGAGCAAGCCAUUGUGAAUGUCGUCUGGCUUCCUCCAGAGUAUGGGGAUGCUAUAGCUUGUGCUUGUGCUGAUGGGACACUGUCUUUGUGGGAGGAGGUUGCUGCUGACGAUCAACUUCCAACCUGGAGAAAGUGUAAAAUCUUUGAGGAUGGCAACUCUCAUAUACUAAAUGUACAUUUUGGAUUGCAUCUGGGAAGUCUGAAAAUGGUUACUGCAUACUCCGAUGGCCAAGUCAAGGUCUACGAGCUCUUGGAUUCAUUGGAAUUAGACAAGUGGCAGCUUCAGGCAGAGUUCCAAAACAUUACUGAUCCAAUCUCCAGAUUUGGAAAACUUGCAUGCACUUCUGCAUCGAUAGCAUGGAAUCCAAGAAGAGGUGGAAGCCAACAAGCUAGUUUUGCAAUUGGCUUCAAUUCAGAUUCACCUCAUUUCAACUCUUGUAAGAUUUGGGAGUUUGAAGAAGCACAUCAGCGCUGGCUUCCACUUGUUGAGCUAGGUUCACCUGAGGAUAAGGGAGAUAGAGUGUGUGCUGUAGCAUGGGCUCCUAACAUUGGCAGACCAUACGAGAUUAUCGCAGUUGCAACCUGCAAAGGAAUUGCAAUCUGGCAUAUAGGUUUGAACACUGACGCUGAUAGCGGACCUACGACACGGAACGUUGCUUUACUUAACGGCCAUGAUGGCGAGGUUUGGCAACUGGAAUGGGACAUGGGCGGUAUGACACUCGCAUCAACCGGAGGAGACGGCAUGGUUAAGCUAUGGCAGGCUAAUUUGGAUGGAGUUUGGCAUGAGCAGGCUGUUCUUGACUGCAGUGGAUCACGUGUCUAGGGCCUAGGUGUUUGAGAAAACAUUUUUGUUCCCAGCACACUUGCUGCAGAAUUCUCCAGUAUUUCCUUCACUUAUCCCCAUGAACUAUUGUUGUGUGGUUGGUUUGUCGCUAUCAAAAUUGGACCAUUAACGUUCGUGGGACCGCAUUGAAAAGUCUAGAAAACCGAGGUACAUUGGUUGUACCUUGGGGAAGCUAAACAGCGUUGAGCCUAAGCUAGUGGACGGAGGUUGAGAUCAACCACGUGCUACACAGGUGCUGCGCACGCGCUCAUGCUCCUGUAACAAAUGGUUUGAAAUCUUCGGCAGGUCCUUUCAGAUAA